AUGGCAAUGGCAUCAAUGUCCAGUUCACCUGAUCAUGCACCACCAUCGUUGUAUAAUACACGAAGUACUUCUGUAAAACGAUUAAUGCGUGAAGCUAUGGAAAUGAAAGAUCCAACUGAACUUUAUUAUUGUCAACCAAUUGAAGAUAAUUUAUUCGAAUGGCAUUUUACAAUUCGUGGUCCUAUAUCUACCGAAUUUGAACAAGGUAUUUAUCAUGGUCGAAUUUUAUUUCCGGUUGAAUAUCCAAUGAAACCACCAUCGAUUAUAUUACUUACAGAAAGUGGUCGUUUUAGAAUAAAUGAAAAAAUUUGUUUAUCAAUAUCUGGUCAUCAUGCUGAAACAUGGACACCGACAUGGGGUGUAAGAACAGCUUUAUUAGCUAUUAUUGGUUUUAUGGAAACACCUGGUGAAGGUGCUUUAGGUUCACUUGAUUAUACACCAGAAGAACGUAAAAAACUUGCUAAAAGAUCUGUGUCCUAUGAAUGUCCACAAUGUGGUAGAACUAAUAGUGAAAUAUUAUUACCACUCUCAGAAAAAUCAGCCGAUGCCCAAAAAGAAGCAAAAGAAUUAGGCAAUCAAAUUAAUCUUGUUAAAAAAGCUGAAACAAAAACUGAAGCAUCUUCGGAGAAAACUGAUGUUGAAUUAAAACCAUCAUCAUCAUCAUCAUCAGAACCAAUAUUAGAAGCAAGACCAGAUGUUUCGCCAACAAAUCUGCCAAACACUGAAAUACGGCCAGAUGUUUCACCAACAAAUAUACCAAAUUCUGAAAUAAGACCAUUAAUAAAUGUCUCAUUACCACGUCAAAAUGAAUCAGAUAAUAAUCUAUUAAGCAUGUUUAUAUUUCUUUGUUGUAUGAUACUCUCAUUUCUACUUUUACGACGACUUUUUCUAACAUUUGGCACAAAUCGAUCAUUUCCGCCACCAUCAACUGAUCCAUUUCAUGAUGAUUUUUAA